AUUUUACAGGAAUGAGCCUAGCUAUAUAGGCUUUUCGUGAAUAAGUAGAUUUGUUAAUCUUUAAAAAGAAAUUGAAAGCUUCCUAAAAAGCUUUUGGUCGUGAAUGCUAUCGUAAACUAUUUAUAAAAAAGUGUACUUUUGUCGUGAUUUUCAAUUGAGGUUUCAAGGCUUUCUUUUAGAACUCAUUUUUUGGAAAGAAUUCCCUACCGUCUUUUUAUUUUUAAUAAUACCUUUUUUUCUACGAAUGCAGUUUCAUAAAAUCCCAAAUGUAUUAGCACCGUUAGUGGGAAAGGUGAUCAGCAUUUCCGGUUGGCUUGUAAACACGAAUCGAAAUAUCUCAAAAUCCAUCAAGUUUAAUCAGCUUCGUGAUGUGCAAGGCAAAUCCCUUCAGCUAUUUUCCCAAGAGCCCUUGCAAGUUCCCAAGAAACAGCUAGCAGAAAGCUUAUGGGAUUCCGUCGAUCGCUCGAAAUUUGUUUCUUCCGCUUUGAAUGAAACUACUCACCAAACCGUUUCUCCAGAGAGUGUUGUGAAGAUCACCGGCAAACUGCAGUAUCGACCUGAACGAGAUCGCAGACCAGGAAAUGAGUUUGAGUUGAAAGUCGAGAACUUGGAAGUGCUAAAUAUGGCUCAUUCACUUCCUUUUGUCCCGAAUGAUGAGAAUACUAGUCUACCUGUUCAACUAACUCAUCGUCAUAUCCAACUUCGAAACCCAAAAUAUAACCAUUAUCUCCGGGUAAGAUCUAAUAUAGCACAUAUUGUCCGUGAUUUCUUUCAUAUGAAUGACUUUGUGGAAGUAGAAACGCCAUUGCUUUUCAAAUCUACACCAGAAGGCGCUCGUGAGUUUUUAGUCCCUUCUCGACAAGGACCUGGUAAAUUCUAUGCGUUACCCCAAAGCCCUCAGCAAUACAAACAAAUAUUAAUGGCUAGCGGAAUUGGAAAUUAUUAUCAAUUGGCUCGUUGUUUUCGUGAUGAAGAUUUACGUUUCGAUAGGCAGCCAGAGUUUACCCAAAUUGAUUUGGAAAUGAGCUUUGUUGAUUCUCCAGAACAGGUCAUGGUCGUAAUUGAAAGAUUAUUCUCCCGGCUUCUAAGAGAUCUGGGGAAAAAUCCCUUAAAGUCUCCUUUUCCCCGUAUGUCUUAUGCUGACGCUAUAGAACUUUAUGGUUCUGACAAGCCUGACGUACGAUACGAUUUAACUUUGCAAAAUUUGACGUCUUUUCUUCCUAAAUCUGACGCUUGCACUGAAGUCUUGGUCUUAAGAAAUGUAAAAAAGUUACUAAGCAAUGCGGAAGCACGCUCUUUGUGCGAACAAGUAGGGCAAGGCGUUUCCUUCGUGACAAUUCGGUCUAAUUCUCAAUUAUCCGAAUGGACUCAAAAGGUUCCACAACUAAAACACCUGCAUCUCGACAUAAAAAAAAUAAAUGAAGAACUUGGUCUGUGUCCCGAGUUGACACUUUUCAUAGCGAAUCGCCCUGUUCACAUGUCCUCAGGUACGACCCCUUUGGGUAGGCUUAGACCACUCUUACAUGACCUUUUGGUAAGUCAAUGUCAGCGUCCACGUUUAGAUGAUGAUGCUUUAGAAUUUACAUGGAUUGUUGACUUUCCUCUUUUCUCGCCUGCCGACUCAAACUCGGAGUCCCUGGCGUCUACUCACCAUCCCUUCACUGCUCCUCAUCCUAAAGAUUUACAUAAUCUCUCCUCCAAUCCCUUGAAUGUUCGAGCUCUCCAUUAUGAUUUGGUUGUAAAUGGGGUAGAGUUGGGAGGCGGAAGUAUUCGCAUACACAAUCCUGAACUUCAAUCUUUUAUCCUAGAACAUGUUUUAAAACUCAAACAAUACCAACUGAGCACAUUCAAUCAUCUAAUUGACGUUUUGCGAAGUGGAUGUCCACCGCAUGGCGGAAUAGCUCUAGGGUUUGAUCGACUUAUUGCUCUCCUUGUAAAAUCCAAUGGUAUACGAGAGGUUAUCGCAUUUCCAAAAACAUAUUCAGGCACCGACCUAUUAAUAGGAAGCCCUUCUACAGUAACGCAAAAUCAGUUACAAGAGUAUUAUAUUGAGAUAACUAACAAAAUCUAAAUCUAUAAUCCAAAAGUCCGUAAUAAAUGCUUUCAUUAUUAAUUUCCUCAUAAUUUACCACCCAGUCGAGCGGCCAUAAAUUUACUUAAUUUUGGUUGCUCGUUCCCAUUUUCGUCCACCGGUACAACACCUUCCUCUUCAGUGUCUUCAGUUUCUGGGUUAACUAGCUUUCGCCGGAGUUCGUAAUAUCGUUGAGAGAUUUCUCUUUUAUCCUUUACGAAAUCCUGAUGAUCCUCAAAAUCCUCUUUCGCUUGCUCUACACUUCUUGCAGGUUGCCUUUCAACAACGGUAGAUUUCACCGUAGGGACUUCGUUCAGGUACUUCUCCACUAAAUUUUCUUCGUUUUGCUCAUCGGAAAGUUUUUCUUCAGGAUCGGAUUUUGUUGGUGGAUUAUCAGAAGAGCGCUCCACAAUAGUGUCAUGAUCGAGUAGUCUUUUGUCUCCCUUGUGUGUUUCUAUAGGAGACUCGAAAUCUUUAUCCUUGUGUUCAGAUUUUAUUUUGCUUCGCGCCUUGCGAAACGCUGAUAUGCGGCUGCAAUAUUCAUGAGGCUCAAACAUGUUGUCAUAUUCCUCUGUAGGAGUAGGUACAUUCUCGAUGCGUGCUUUUCCAUUUCUGCUAACAUGUUUAAUUUCUAACGUGUCAGAAAAAUGCACAUGCUUUUCAGAAGGUUGCGUUUCUUUUGUGGAUAAAGCAUUCUCUUUAUGCUCGUUUGAUCCAGAAGCAACUUUUGGAGCUAAUGAUUCAUUUUCACCAAAAUAAUUUGGAUUUGGAGGAGGUAUUAAAUUUCGAGAAAAAUUUAAACUCAUACCAUGCUCGUCUUCAUCUGAACCUGACUCUGCGUCAGACUGCAAUUCACCGGCUUCUUCCAUAUCUUGAAGGAGCUGCUCCAUGUCGUCUAAAGAAUUUAAUCCGUCAUAUUGAACGGCAUGCAUUAUACUUUCUCCAUUGGCAUCCGUUGGUACGGGCAAUAAAACCGGAUCUUCGUCAUUAGGUUCCGCGGCAAUGCUAUCUUCAGUAGAUGUUGGAACUUGCUUUAAAGCACCCUCUACUUCCUUAUAUUUAUCUUCUUCAUGUAAACUAUCAACUUUUUUAGUAGGCUCAGCACCAUUUGUACCAUCUGUUUCUGACCUUGUGGAUUCGUUUUCAGCAACCUCCGAAUGUGUAUAUCUUCCUGGUGAACUUCUCUGGAGCUUCGCUUCUUUAAACUUGGACAGUUUUUUAGGGGGUUUGGAUUUAAUGGGUGACUCUGAUUUUAACUGUUUUUGACUAUUCGAUUCUUGAGGAGAUUUUUCCAUAACCACUUCCUUUACAGCGUUAUUAUCGGUGACAUCUAUACGCUUCUUUUCUUCUCUUUGACUUUGCUUUUUGGAUUCUUCUUCGUGUUUAGCCUUUGUAGAACGAUUUUGAGAUCCGUUUUUAGGGUUAGAGAGAAACCCCUUUUUGAAGACAGACUUUUUAUUUUUCUUUUCAUCUAGCUUUUUUUCUGGUUCCUUUUCUUCUAUCUUUUUCGAUGUAAGGUCGGUUUUGUUUUCUAUGGUAGAUGCUUUCUCUUUGACAUAAUCCGACUGAGUUUGCUGUAUAUAUUGGGAUGCAUUUUCUCUAUCUUGGAAUUCUGUAUUGUUCUUUUUGGUAAUUUGUUCAUCAGAAUCCAGCGAUCCAGUAGCUGCAGCCGCUUCUGCUGGCAAUUCCUCAAUCCUUGUUUCCGGUAGUUCAGUUGCAGAAGGCUUCGAAGGCGUUGUAGCUUUUUCUUUAGGAUUUUGAAAUCCUGGCAAACUUCGUAUCACAUCAGCAUAAUCUGUAACGGAAGAAAUCCUUUGAGGCUUUACAUUCGAUUUUAUUACAUUGCCAUCUUCAUCAACUUCCUCGUGAAUGUCCACAAUAGGCAGUCCUUCCUGAUUUCUCACCAAAAGGUAUGAUUUUUUCUUUUCUACUGCAGAAAUAAGAUCAUCCGAGUGUUGUUUUAGUAAUCCAUUUAAGUAAGUAAAAACUAGAUCCAAAAGUUAGAUAAAGAAAUGAUUAUAAAUAAAUAAAAUACGUACACUUAACAUGAGUGUAAGAAUCGUCCUGAG